GGCCUAUGACCUACUGGGUUGUUGAUGGGUAACCACCAUCCUAGGCUUUGAUUUAAUUAAGUUCUAAUGUGGCGAUGAAUGGGCUGGGCCUAUUGCCGGCUAAUAUCACCAGGAUUCAAUUUGAUAAAAAAAAACGUGGUCGAAAUCGGCGGCAGCAUUGCGUUUGGUGCCCUGCCUACCUCAUUGCAUACGUAAUCAGGAGGGCAGACUCGUCAUUUGGGGCGGCUUCUUCCUCCCCUGGCUCCCAACUCCCAUUGACCUCACAGCACAGGACCUUAUCUGCUCUCCCCUCCCCCGCGACGGCUUCAAUCCGUGCUCUGCCAAGUCAAAGAAUCAAAAAAAUCCCAGCUUUCCCAUGGCCGGCGGCGAUCUCCCACCUGCUGAGGAGGCAACCGCAGCGGCGGCCGUGAAGGAGGCGGAGGAGGAGGAGGCGGCGGCGGAAGAGGACCUGAUCGAGAUCGUGGAGGAAGGGUCCGGCCGGCUGGACAUCGCACGGUACGUGGACCACGUCCGGGACCUGUCGGCCGGCGCCAUCGCGACGUUCGAGGGAACGACGCGGGACCACUUCGCGGGGCGGCACGUGGUGGAGCUCCGGUACGAGGCGUACGCGGCCAUGGCGCGGCGCCGCCUGGCGGGCAUCCUGCGGGAGGCCCGGUCGCGGCACGCGCUGCGGCGGCUGGCCGUGGCGCACCGCCUGGGCCCCGUCCCGGCCGGCGAGGCGAGCGUGUUCGUGGCGGCGUCGGCCACGCACCGCGCCGACGCCAUGGAGGCGUGCCGCUACGUCAUCGACGAGCUCAAGGCGUCCGUGCCCAUCUGGAAGAAGGAGGUGUACGACGACGGCGAGGUCUGGAAGGAGAACCGCGAGUUCUUGGACCGCCACUCCGGCGCCGCGGCUCCGGCUCCGGUGCCGGCGGCGAAGACGGGCGGUUGCUGCGGGAGCAAGGUCAGGGUCCAGGAGGCCUGAUGGCAGCGGCCGGAUCGCUUUUUUUUUCUUUUCAAUUUUUGCUGAGAAAUACUGUACUGCUUUGAAGAUGAAAGGCAGAUCCAUGAAGAACACAAAGCAAAAGGAAUCUGCUUGUAUUGAGAUGAUGGAGACCCCAUGGGGAAAAAUAAAUUGAUACUGAAGAUGUGUUUGUGGGAAGACAAUCAAACCAGCACAGCACACCUUUGCUGAACAGGACCUGUUCUAACUGAAUCUGAAACGGGCGGUGGUAGGCGAUUGAUCUGUCUCGUCCGGUUGAUUUGGGACUAGGACUGGACUUCGACAUCAUGGGUCGCUCAAAAGUGCACGAAACUGACCUGGAUCACUCCUACCUCACUUGAGGAAGAAGCUAAACAAGCUAGCAAUGCUUUGGUGGAAAGACUGAAGGUUCCACGCUUCGUUAAAUCAAGCUAUGUGAACCUCUAAAACAACACAGUGGCUGUAGUUUAGUGGUGAGAAUUCCACGUUGUGGCCGUGGAGACCUGGGCUCGAAUCCCAGCAGCCACAGUUUCCCUUUUUAUUCCCUGCAGUUUUACUUCCAUUUUACUUUUUUGUUUUUGUUUU